AUGAGAAAGGGCAGAAGGCAGCGCUUGAGAGAGAAACGCAGAGAAGUGAGGAAUGCCAUUGUAAGCAAGCAAAUGACGGGAGAAGAUAAAUUUCCAAUGUCCUCCGAGUCUCAGCAGUCGUCUGACGAAGACGAGUACUAUGAGAGCCUGCCGGUCGACGUAAAGCGGGCCAUACAGGGCUUGCGAGGGCUGCAAGUAGCCCAAGUCGGAAUCCGGAAAAUUUUCCAGAAAGAAGUUCUGGCACUGGAGCGCAAGUACUCCAAGGACCUGAAUGCCCUGUACCAACGGAGAAAGCAAGUCCUCCUUGGCAAGAUUGGUGUAAGCAAAGAGGAGAUCAUACUCGGUGAGGUAGAGAGCCUGAAGGAGGACGAGGAGUACCGCACUCUCCCUCCACUCCCAGAAGGUGCCACGACCGCGCCGCGCGCGCGGGUUCCCAUGUUCUGGCUGAGAGUAUUGAAAGGCCACCCCGACAUCGAAAAGAUGAUACAGGAGAAGGACGAACCCGCUCUGCAGCAUCUCACAGAUAUCACAGUCUCAUAUCCGACAACACCCUCCCCUUCCUUCUCCAUCCACUUCCGGUUCUCCCCCAACGAGUUCUUCUCGAACUCGGUGCUGAGUAAGACGUAUGUCUACAAGGAUGAGAUCAGCUUUUUCGGCCGGCUUUUGUACAGCCAUGUUACUGCAGGUACUGUCCAAUGGAAGAGCAGCAAGGACCUGACGAAACUGCCCGAAGAGACCAAGAAACUCAAGGACAAUUCACCUGGACGAGAAGACGAAGAGUCUGACGAUGAAGGCGAUACAAUGUCCUUUUUCAGUUUCUUCUGCCCUCCACCAUCCAUCACCCAGCCCGAAGAGAGCGAUGAUGCAAGGAGGGAAGAUGAGCGGGAUGUCCUGCUAGAAGAGGAAUUUGAGAUUGGCGAAGCACUGAAGGAUCACGCUAACAAGCAGCAGGUCCUUCCAAGGGCAAUCGAUUAUUUUACUGGGGAUGCACUGUGGCAUGAGCUGAAUGAAAACUCGGACCAUCGCUCAGACACUGACACAGACAAUUCGGAAGAAGACGAAGAUGCUGACAACAAGGCAGAAGAGGCAGAAGAGGAAGAAGGGGAAGAAGAUUAG